GAGAGGGGACAAUAUGCAACAACGUAUCCCACAAGCUUCCAUCCAUGCAUGCAUGCAUGGAUCGGCGAAGUUAAAAUUUCUAUGACUCGUUGAGGGACGAGACGACGGGCAGGUGAGCGACCUUAGAUACAGGGUGGUUGUGAUCUGGUUGUGCUCUAUCUCUCGCCCUCUCUCCAAUCUCCAUCUCUCUGUCUGAUUUGUAAUCUUUUCCCUUGGCUUUGAGCGUGCACGCUUGCCCAACUUCCCCUUGGCUUCUAGCGUCUUAUUCCACACGCGCACUCCAGCUGUUCGAUCGAUUCACCAGGUAUAAAAUCGCCGGUAACGUGGCGCACGUCCGGCCGCCUGAACCUGCGCCGAUCGAGAUAUGGAGAACCUCCAGCUCCAGGGAGAUGAUCACGACGACGAAGCGCUCCCUCACUUCCCCUACUUCGCGGUGCCGUCACCGCCGCCGCUCGCCGUCGCGCCGGCGGCAUCGGCGACGACGUCGGAUGGUCACCAGCACGGCCCACUCGAGGUGCUCGAGCAGCCGCCGUGUAGUAAUAACCUGCAUCCCGAUGGCCUGGUCGAUGGCCCUCAGCUAGCGGCGACGACGGCGGUGCCGAUGAUGCUGCCGGCGAUGACGUCCUUGGACUGGCAGUCGCUCCUGCAGACGUGCCUGCAGGUACCGCCUCCGGUGCUGGAGCAGCAGCAACCGGCGGCGGCGGCGCAGGCGGAUCAGUACAGCGGGGAGAACGAUCACGGCGAUCUGCAGGCGGCCGAGAGCAGCGGGGCAGGUAACAAGGAGAAGCAGGUGAUGGCGAAGGGCGGGGCGGGGAGGCCGUCGGGGACGAAGAAGAAGGCGAGCCGGCCGCGGUUCGCGUUCCAGACGAGGAGCGACAACGACAUCCUGGACGACGGCUACCGAUGGAGGAAGUACGGGCAGAAGGCCGUCAAGAACAGCAAGCACCCCAGGAGCUACUACCGGUGCACGCACCACACGUGCAACGUGAAGAAGCAAGUGCAGCGGCUCGCCAAGGACACGAGCAUCGUGGUGACUACGUACGAGGGCGUGCACAACCACCCCUGCGAGAAGCUCAUGGAGGCCCUCACCCCCAUCCUCAAGCAGCUCCAGUUCCUCUCCCAGUUCUAAUUAACGACCCAUAUCGAUCGGUCUCGGUCGGUCUCAAACUCUGAAAUGAUCGAUCUUUCAAGUUACUACACAAACACAAUAACACACAUUCACGUGUACAUAUAUACCUGCAACAAAUUAAACUCUCUGUUUAGCUUGGGGGGAAGAAAAGGAGAACAAUGUGGCCUACCUCCCCCGUCUCCCGUCAAUACAGUACAAUAUACUGCUAGUUGAUCAUGUAUGUCGUCAUACUGUAUAUACGUACUCCCUGUACGUGUAUCCUUGUAUAUUUUCAUAUGUACGCUAAGCUUACGCAUAUAUUGUAUAUGUGACACAAAUAAUGCCCCCGGAAAGUUAAAAUAUGUCGCUGUUAUUUAUUUCAAACAUUGCGUAUUACUAUCAGCUCAUGAUAACAGUAUGGGUAUUUUAGUUUCAAGCUAUGCAGCUUUUUAUUUCUCAUGAGAAAGCUCAAGCUGGCCACGCUUGCUCACAGUAAUUCAGUAAACUGGGACCAAGAAGAGAAUAAGGCCAUUCCUUUGCUGAUCCCAGUCCAUUUGAGCCUACUAAGAACGCAGAGAAUAAGGCCCAACAAGUAGAGAAAAAGCCCAGUCCAUAAAUGAGCCCACUAAGGACGUGGAGGAGAAAAAGCCUACGAUUCACAGGCACACAGCACGAGCAUCCGCCGCCGCCGCCGCCUCGCCUUAGCCUUGCCGCCUCGUUCCGGCGAGCAGCAGCCACCCGGCGGCCGGUCCACCACGCAGACGCAGUGACUCUUCGACGGUCGGGAAGGGAGAAAAGGCUUCUGGGUGAAUCUUCUAUUAUUAGAAAAUGAACAAGGGCAAGAUUUUCAAGUUGGCAAAGGGAUUUAGAGGCAGGGCGAAAAAUUGCAUAAGGAUAGCAAGGGAGAGGGUUGAGAAAGCCUUGCAAUAUUCCUACAGGGAUAGACAUAACAAGAAGAGGGAUAUGCGAUCCCUUUGGAUAGAGCGUAUCAAUGCUGGUACACGAUUGCAUGGGGUGAACUAUGGAAAUUUCAUGCAUGGAUUGAUGAAGGAGAACAUCCAGCUCAACCGGAAGGUGCUCUCAGAGCUUUCUAUGCAUGAGCCCUACAGCUUCAAGGCACUUGUUGAUGUAUCCCGCAGUGCAUUUCCAGGGAACAGGCCGCCUGUUAAAAAGGAGGGUCUAGCAGCCAUCCUGUGAAAUGAUUAUGUUCAGUCGCACACUGCACUCAUGAUGGCCGUUGCAACUGAAAGUUACUACUAUUAUUGUCUUUUAGCUCAAAGGUGACUCAUGUAAUUCUCCCUUACCUAUAUUAAAUAUUUAUGUUAUUUUGUGUGAUGUUCUCUGUAGCAGGAAACAUCUAAUUGCAUUAUUGUUUAUCUGGCCCCUUUCUGUUAGUCUUAUGGAGAGUGUUAUUCCUUUACUGUUGACAAUUUCAGCAACAGUACUAUGGAUUUGGUCAUAAUAUAUGCAAAGAGUCAUGACUUUGUCA